UAUAGGAUCCAGGUAAAAAAGUGAAGCUGCAGGAGCUUCUCUAUUUUUCCUGUCUAAAAUUAUCAGUGCGCGUGCAGGAUUGUGCACGAGCUCCAAACCAUUUCAACUAGGAAAAGAUGAAAAAGAGAAAAAAAAAAAAAAAAAAAAAAAGUGAAGGAAGAGGGGCAGAUGAUUUAAAAUUGAACAAACUUGCAGAGAGUAUUUUUAUUCAAAUAAAAAGCAGGCAGAGUUUUUAUUUCCACCAGGCAGCUCUGCUCUGCUCUUCUCUUCUCUUCUCUGAGCUGAGCACGGUGCCCUAUUUCCAGGCGGCUCUGUCUACCUGCACAGAGCCGGAGCUCCUCCUCCUCUUCCUCCUCUCCUCUCCUCUCCUCUCCUCCUCCUCCUCCUCCUCCUCCUCGGAGUUUGUGUUGCACUCGUUGCAGUAGGAGGGUCCAUGUGCACAGAGAAAAUGACGUCGCUCUGACUCCCAAGUCCGGACCGACUCCUUCGUUUGUUUUUAUUACUCUUUUUAUCUUUGAGCCCAGAAUCUGCUAAUCUGCACAAUGUGCGGCCAUAAUGUGAGAUGAUCUGUGUCGUCUCCGACCACGUCGCUCUGCUUCUUGUUCGUCCUGUCACAGGAGCAAAGCGGCUCUCUGCUGCUGAGGAGGAUUACUACUGAUAUUAAUACGCAGUACACUUCUCCACUAGAGUCUACAGCUGUCAAACUGUGUAUUGGAAAGAGUAGACAGACAACACAUUAGUUGGUAUUUAUUGACUUUGCUUUUUUUUUGUGUGCGUCUUUUUUUCGUCCUCUCUGGAUUAUCGCUGCCCAGCAACAACGGCCACCUGACAACUCUGAAUGUCGUAAUUAAGGUGAAUCAAUGAGCCAGCAAUGGAGACCAAAAGAUACCAAAGUUUCUUCGAUGGAAGCGAUACAGAGAACAGAUGGUCGCAGGUCCCCGGCACCAUGGAGCACUGCUGCAGCACAGAGGAUUCGAGUCUGACUAGCGGUGAUAUCCUGAUGGACAUAGUCAAUGUCAGCUGCCCUGCUGGAAGCCCGGCCGCCGACUGCAAAGACAACAAUACGAAGAAGCAGGAGCAGCCGAUGCUUCGGCUCAGCCAGAACCAGACAUUUGUUCUCCCACACUUCAACAACUCUCUCCACGGUCAUAAGCAGGAAAUGGACUCCAAGGAGCUUUCCAAAACUGUGGCUGAGUCUAUGGGUCUGUAUAUGAAUGCUGCCAGGGAGGCAGACUUUGCCUUCAGCCAGCAUGGGGGCAGCACCAGCCCUGGGAAGAUGUAUUCAGUGUCUGGACGGACUCUGGAGGACACCCAGUGUGGCUCCACAAAGAGCCCCAAGUUAAAGCCAUUUGGUUUCCAGCAGCCCAGCACCACUCCCAGAGAAUGCACCACUGGGACUCCAGUUAGCUCCGCGUCGAUGCUGGCCUCGUCUCUGUCCUGCAGCCCCCAGACCUCCAGCUCCAUCUCUAGCCCCGGGGGCAGCAACAACAUGGUGUCGUCGACCACCAGUCCUCCCACGUGUUACGGACCGGUGUGCUCGUCCGUCAGCAGUCCUGUCAGCCAGACGUCGUGCGCUGCGACUCUGGCCAACAUCAAGCGCAGGAAUUCAGCCACAUGUAGCCCAGUGGAGUCCAGCACGGUGGGCUCGCCGCCUCUCACCAGCCCACUCAACGUCAUGAGGUCCCCCAUGUCCAGCCCCCAGAGUAUGUGCAGCGUGAGAUCGCCUCCGUCCUGCAGCACUACCUGCAACAUCAGGUCGUCUGUCUCGAGCCCAACAGGUGGCAGCUGCACCAGCACCGCCAACAACUGCAACGCGGCGAGGCCCUCCAUCUCCAGUCCGGCCACAGGGGGCGCCAUGGCUGGCAGCAGCCCACAGAACCCCUCCUCGGGUGGGUUUCCUGUGUCCAGUCCCGCUGGUGGUCUAGGUUUGGUGCAGAAUGACACCAACAGCCCAGAAGCAGCAGGUCUGACCAGAGACACGGACUUCAAGAACUUUGAAUUCCCUAAAGUAGAGAUGGCAGACGGGGAGGUGUUCAACGUGGGCUUAGACCACAUGGGCAUGGUUAAGUACAUUAAGAACGAGCCUGGGACUGACUUCAGGAGCAUGUGUUUAGGCAGCUCCAAAUGUAACGCGAGUAGCACACCUUUUAUCACGCAGAUUAAGACUGAGCCAAACAGAAACGAGGGAUGUAUGAACCAACAGCCCUAUGGUGAGCAGUCGCCAUCUCUUAGUCUCUAUCCUGCGUCCGAGACCACCUAUUUGUCCCUGAGGAAUAAUGUCGAUGAAUACAGUCUCUCUGGUAUUUUAGGACCCCCUGUCUCCUCCAUGAAUGGGAACUAUGAGCCCGAUGUGUUCUCCAACAAUGUCCUGUCUAAAGGGGUUAAGCAGGAGACCCUUGAUGGCAGCUAUUACCAAGAGAACAACGGCAUGCCCACAUCGGCCAUUGUUGGAGUUAAUUCCGGCGGACAUUCAUUCCAUUACCAGAUUGGAGCGCAAGGAACAAUGUCUUUCACGCGGCAUGAUGUGAGGGACCAGUCCAACCCUUUGUUGAAUCUAAUUUCGCCCGUAACGGCGUUAAUGGAGUCGUGGAAAUCUCGGCCGGGCAUGUCACAGGGGUCGCUGUCUGCCAGAGGUGAGGGAUACCUGGGUCAGAACUGCAUCACGGACAGCAUGUCGAGCUCGCCACUGAGACAACCGUCCUCAACGGCCAAAGUGUGCCUGGUUUGUGGAGACGAGGCAUCAGGAUGCCACUACGGUGUCGUGACAUGUGGAAGCUGCAAAGUGUUCUUCAAGAGAGCCGUGGAAGGUAGAUAUGGUCAGCACAACUACCUGUGUGCCGGGAGAAAUGACUGCAUCAUUGACAAGAUCCGAAGGAAAAACUGUCCAGCAUGUCGCGUACGGAAGUGUCUCCAGGCCGGGAUGAACCUAGGAGCACGAAAGUCCAAGAAGUUGGGGAAAAUGAAGGGUGCCAGCGAGGACCUGCCGGGCUCUAAGGAUGGCCAAACUGCCACAGGAGGCGGUUACCUGUCCUCGGAGAAGGAGCUCAACGCCAGCGCUGCCAAUGCCCUGGUGCCCCACGUGUCUGGGGUGGUCACACCUUUUCUGCCGCCCUCCAUCUGCAGCGUGUUGGAGCUGAUUGAGCCUGAAGAGGUGUACUCCGGCUAUGACAACACGCAGCCUGACACCACCGACCACCUGCUGUCCAGUCUCAACCGCCUGGCCGGAAAGCAGAUGGUCCGCAUGGUGAAAUGGGCCAAAGUACUUCCAGGUUUCCGGGGCCUGCCCAUUGAGGACCAAAUCACCCUGAUCCAGUACUCAUGGAUGUGUCUGUCCUCCUUUUGCCUCAGCUGGCGCUCCUACAAACACACCAAUGGACAGAUGCUCUACUUUGCCCCUGACCUCGUCUUUAACGAGGACCGCAUGCAGCAGUCAGCCAUGUACGACCUGUGUCUGGGCAUGAGGCAGGUGAGCCAGGAGUUUCUACGACUGCAGCUGAGCUACGACGAGUUCCUCUCCAUGAAGGUCCUCCUGCUUCUCAGCACAGUUCCCAAAGAGGGUCUGAAGAACCAGGCGGCGUUCGAGGAGAUGAGGGUUAAUUACAUAAAGGAGCUCCGGCGUUCAGUGGGAAAAGCAACCAACAACUCUGGCCAAACCUGGCAGCGCUUCUUCCAGCUCACCAAGCUACUGGACGCCAUGCAUGAUCUGGUGGGGAACCUGUUGGACUUCUGUUUCUACACCUUUCGUGAGUCGCAGGCCCUGAAGGUGGAGUUCCCCGAAAUGUUGGUGGAGAUCAUCAGUGACCAGAUACCAAAGGUGGAGUCGGGCCUCACUCACACAAUCUACUUCCACAAGAAGUGACUCACUUAACAGUCGAGAGGGAAGCGGCAUUAAGAAACUGGAAGAGAGGAGUUCAAGAGGAGGAAAUGUGCGAGAAAAGGCCAGCCCAGUUGGCCCGCACCCGGUCGCCCAGUAUGCCAGCGUCCUCGUCUUGGAUGGGAAAGUAAAGCGGCGUGGUGACAGAAGUAAAAGAGGGCAGAACUGAUUUGACCCUGCGGUCACCACGAGUGGGUCAGAGCUGUGAAUAGUUCGUGGAGCCGAGCGUGACACGCCGAGAAGGACUUUAGACAAAUGUGACAAAGCGUCCCGAAGUACCCACCCUGUGCCCCUGUGUCCCCCCCCACCUGCCCCAAAGACGAUGACAGUAUUUUCUAUGGAGAUAAAGCCAUACAUUUCUUAGGAUGCGCUAGAUACAUUCACUGCACACACACACAAACACACACACUUAGGGGGAAAUUGAUACACAUGCUGUCCACAUGCCUUCACACAAAACGCACAGAUGCACUCCACAUGCACUAAAAUCAGAUUCCCUUAGAGAGAAAGUUUUUGCAAAUAUUAAAUGUGGCUUAUGCAGUCUUUCACAAAUAAUAGCACUACAAAAAAAAAAAAGAUAUGCCAAUACUUAGAUUUUCGCUUUGCAGUGUAGCAGCGUACUGCAAGACUACAGGGCAAAGGACAUUAUGAGGAGGCAGAAAUUCUAGACGGUAAGGUCUAUUUGAAUAUAAUCCAAGGGCUAUACAAGCGUCAUCAUACUGUAAGCUGAAUAAUUACAUUAAAUCUAACAAGUCCAAGUUUGAAUCUCAAAUCGGUGUCAUAACAGCCAUCAUUAACAUUCACAUACUGAGUUUUUUAAUUAAAAUAUGUAGUAAAACAAUCAAAACUAAUAUGCAAAAGUCCAAAGCUAAAGCUGUUUUGAAAUAAAAAAAUGUCUCUUGUGUAAAGAAAGCUUGCACGUGAAGCUCCCAUGUCACUAUUUUAGGCAUUGUGGUGUAGAAUUAAGACAAUAUUGAUGAACGAUUUUACCUUUGUGCAAAAGUGGUCAGGAGUGCUGCAGGAUGGAAAAACAUCAUGCAUUUACGGAAACGAUUUCGGCAGAGUCCGCUGGUAAUGGAUUUGACUGAGGUGCAUCCAUAGUAAUUGUGUUUUGUGUUAUCUCCAGAGCAGCUGUCCAAAUGUCUGUUUUUACUCACAAUGAAGCAAAACCAGCCCUUUGUGAACCAACACUUAUCUACUCUUCCCAGAAAUAAUAAAGAGCAUUUUAUAAAAGUGUGUUGCAAAAGGUUUAGUUUUUGACAAGCCAGUCAUUUUACAUUAAGGUGCUUCAUUUCUACAAAGCCAGGCAAAAGCAUAACAUGUACAGUUAACGCGUCGACAGUCCAUACAAUACACUAUAUGGACACGCAGUUUAAACACACAUACCUACUCUGUAAAGUUGAUAUAAUCCAAAAUGGAGCAUUACUCUGCAGUGCUUACAGCAAACGGCUAAUGUAUCAAAAACCAGGCAAAAUGUGUACAGGUAUUAACAACUUCUUAAAACACAUUCUAUUCAGCAGUUGUACAGAAGAUGUUUUGAGGUACAUUUGGAUGAAUGCUUGAUAAAAAACUGUUGGUAUGAUCACCUUUCCUAAUUUAGUUGAUUUCCUUACUCUUAUCUUCGGGCCAAGUACUACUAUUUUAGGUAUGGCAGGCCCAGUUAUCCGGACCAUUAACUUGUCUCGCACCCCACUGGUUUCUGGGUGGUUGUGGAACACUACUAUGAUGCUACUGACAAGCGAUAGAGCCGCUGGGGAAGAAAAACAGUGGGGGCGUGUGAUUAUUUGUCUUUUUUUUCGGUGCCCUCCGAGUGUGUAUUUACAUUUUGUGUAUGAAGCGAGAAUGGUUUAAGUUUGCGUGUGUGUGUGUGUUUUUUCUUUUUCUGGCAAGCAUGUGCAUAGUUGAUCUGCUCUUUCAGUGUGGGUAUUAUGCAUUUAUGUUAUAGGAUUAGCCAUAUCCUAUUUCCACAUUUCGAUUUGCACAGAGGAGAUACAAUGUGAAAUGAGGCAUUAGUGCAGCUAGCAAGAAUUGUCUGUUUUGAUAAGCAACUGUGAUGAUGCGGGAAAAGACUUUCUGCAUGGUCACCCAGCCUAAAGUUAGACAGCAUGACAUCAUUAGCACAGCCGGGCGCUGGUGUAAUGUAUUCGUGGCCUCGGCUCUCGUAAUGACGACGCUGCGCUACGCUAUGAGGUCUCUUCUGUGGCGGUGAUUGUGUGAAGAUUGGUGUACAAUCUGUCAUUAGGGACUGUAUGAAAAUUAUUCAGGGGGUGCAGAAAAGCAGGAAGGUUAUGUAUUUUUAAUUUUGACUGCUGGGAGGGUAGUCUAUAUUUGUUUGGAGAGCACCGGGAGGGAAGAAUCAUGUUUUUCAUUCAUUCUGGGGUGAAAAUAUUGUGUUGUUUAAAUCAGUUCUCAUGAUGAUUUUUCUAAUCAGAUGAUGCACUCAGUGGCUUUUAAAAACCCAACCGUUUAGCAGCUCUUUAUUAAAAAAAUAUAGAGGCUGUAUUUUUGCCAUUUUGUUAUACAGUAUAUUAUUUUGAUUUACAUAAGAUAACAUAAGCCCAAUCAUUUUCCUACAGUCCCUCGUCAGAAAGGCCUCAUUUUACAAUCUGUCUUUGUUGUGCAUUAUUGUGUUCAAGUUGUGAAGGACCCUUAAGCUAAUCUCUCUCAUUGUUUCUUUAUUUUGCCCCCUUUUUUGUCCUUUUUAAAGAAUAAAAAAACUGUCUAAAGGUUCAUAGGAUGAAUGGGAAAGUAUUUUUGAGAGAAUUAUAUUUUGCUGGAAAACAAUAUUUAAGUACUUUGUCUAAAAAUGAUAUCCUUUUUGUAAAAUGAAAUGUUAAUGCAUGCUUUUUGAUGAGAUGUUUACAUUGUAUUUAAAAAAGGGAAACUUGUGCCUUUUUAUCUCACCUGAUUUACAAUUUUACAGUAUAUAUUGUAAAUAAUACAGCAAGUCCUUAUGUUGAGUAUAGUAUAAAAACAUUUCUACUUUAACCAUCUUGUUGGAAUAUUGGAAAAAAUGUGUGUUUCCCACUCGCCAUGUUCUGUGUGUUGGAUCACAGAGAUGAAUUUACAGUGAGGGUCGCUGCCAGAAAGGGCCAAAUAGAGAAAUGAAUGUAUCAUACGUUGUGAGAGACUUAUGGAACUUACUACCUGAAUGUUAGAGAGAGUACAUUUAUUAUCUUCUUAUUAAGUAAAGUUAUUUGAUUUUGCAUCUUUUUUUUUUUUUUUUUACUUUUUGCAUCAUUGUUCAAGUGGCUCAAACAAAAAAUGAUAAUAAUCAAAAAGUAUUUCUUAUUUUGUAACAAGAUGUAUCAAGUGAUGGAUCCUUGAGUUGUUGCUGUUGAAAUGAUUUCCUAACCCGUGGUGGUAUUGUUGAUGAGCACCACAAUAAAAUCAAGAAAUCACAGACUAUUGAAACUGGGAUACGUGAAAGAAACUUCUUGACUAUUCAGUUUUGAAAAUAUAAACUUAAUGCACACACAGUGAAACAAAAUGAUGGAUGUAGAGACUGUAGACCUUAAGUUUAGCAAAUUCAAAUUUGACUGUUUUCGACCAGUUAUUAACUGGAAAUAUUGCACUAACUGCCAAAAUAAGUUUCAAUCAUAAAAUGAACAAAUUUGUCCCAAAGAAUGAUGUUAAAAUGUAUACACAGAUAAUAACAAUGUUAUCAAUAAUGUUCUCAAGCCCCUGUUAUGACCUUAAUGCACUCCAGAAGAAUCGGCUUUGACUGUUGGCUAUUUCAUUUUUUUAAAGGAAUAGUUCAACAUUUAGGGAAAUACACUUAUUUGCUUUCUUGCUGAGAGUUAGAUAAGAAGAUCGAUACCACUCUCAUGUCUGUACAGUAAAUAUGGAGCUAUAGCCGGAAGUCUGCCACAGCGACCGUUGACGCGAGCUGACCUCCGCAUAAACUUGCGGCAAGUCACGGACUCACUGAUGUGAGGUUUUGCAGUAACGACGACUAAACGAGCAGUGGAGUAGUAACGUUACGAUGCACUUAGAAAAUGUAAAUGAGUCAAAUUUAAAAACGUAAUGCUUCAUCCACACACUCUUGUCACGGCGGGGGAAAACACAUUGCCAUUGCCAGAUGAGGUUUGUUUGGCUCGUUUUCUGUAAGCACUGUGGCAUUGGCGGUGGAAUUAGCAAGAUAGCUAGCUAGCUAUCAGACAGCUGGCUGGUUAACUCUUGGGCUGGUUCCGCCAGGCUUCAGUGCUGCACUGAUUACGAAAAAUGAGCCGAACAGCGGCCUAAACGGCCCCUCCACCUGGGGACAAGCUACCUAGCUAACCAGCCAGCCAGCUGUCUCUGGGAGCUGCAUACGUUCUCUUCCCGGCGAGCUGCGACCACACACUUUACGGCCCCAAUGACGUGUGUUCUGUUGUCACCAUAACAACUAACAACAAUCAUCAUUUUCUUUUGCACGAGUCAAAUUACCACAGCGAACACUUCAAUGUCCCUUCUACUCCUGUUUUAUUUCUAUGACCAUUAGGAAGUCACUGCACUUGGCCAAGAAAUAGUCCAGCGCAUAAUCCCCUGGCAAAACCAUAACUUGUCACUUUCACUUCUGUUUUUGUACAUAUUAAAUAAUUUAGAUAAAAUGUGUUACUUAGUGAGCUUUAGAGGUGCUGGUAAGCACAUUUUGUAACCUUUGUACAGACCCAGGCGAGCUGUUUUCAGUCUUCAUGCGAAGCUAAGCUAACUGUCACCUGGCUGUAGCUUCACAUUUACCAUACAGGCAUGAGAGUGGUAUCAAUCUUCUAAUCGAACUCUCGGCAAUAAGCGUGUUUCCCAAAAUGUUAAAACUAUUAACAAACUGUUUAUUUAUUGGUCGUUAAUCACCACCCACUACAAAAUAAAAAAAACAAACUUUCUCCUAAUUGAGUGUUAUCUUCAAAGCCGUCUUCUUCUAAAUGAACUCCUUUUAGGCACGAAUGACUCAGAAUGUUUUCAACUGCUGUUACACAGUACACUAUCGCGUCACUGUAUGUGGAGUCACGUCAUUGCCAUUUUCUGUUCACGGUGAUGAAUCGGGUGUAGAGAGACUAAGCCAUAUCUCCACAGCCAUGGCAGUGCAUUUCUUAUUAAUAUAUAAAUAUAUACAAAUGCUUUUUUUUUCCAAUUCCAAAAAUGACUUUUUACUCAGAUGCUUUGUACAAUAUUUCUCAGCAACUAUCCAGCAAACAUACAGUAGACAUCCUUCACCAUAAACCAAUAAAACCAGUUACUACUGUAUAUCUUGAUGCAGAUAUUGCCAUAUUUGUGUUUGCAAAACUAUUGCAAGAUUCUAAUAAAACUGUUAAAUUGA